CCUCCGCUCCCCGCGGCCACGGGGCCGGCGGCCGAGGACGCCCCGGGGUCAUCCCCGGCUCCGAGGGGGUGCGAGGUGAGCAGUGACCGCGGGGUCGCAGCUUUUGCCUCCAAACUCGGCUCCUGCCCAGAGGGUCUCCGGGAGGAUGUGAAGCCUCCAGCACCUCAGCCGGGGUGAGACUCCGGCCAGGGAAGCCCCUGAAGGAUUGGAUUUCUUUCAGCAAAUGUCCUCCUGUAAUGUGACUGCAGAAGGGCUUGUCAGCUGCAUCUCUCACGGCAGGGAGACGGUGACAGGGACGGAGGUGGCUGUGAUGGCAGCAGGGAGCCAGGAUUAGAGGAGCACCUUGGAGCACCAAGAGUAAGGCCCUGUGCGAGGCACCAGCACCAUGUUCAGCCGGUCGGGAUACCAAGCCCUUCCCUUGGGGGACUUUGAUCGCUUCCAGCAGUCCAGCAUUGCGUUCUACGGUGCCCAGAAGGGCUUUUUCUGCUUCAGAGACAAGCAAGACCCACUGGGACCAGCUGGGAAUGCCAUAGACACCUCCCAGGGUUGGCUGUCCUGGAUCUGCCAUGGGAUUAUCACCUCCUUGGUUUUCUUGCUGAUGGUUGUCACCUUCCCCAUCUCAGGGUGGUUCGCCUUGAAGGUCGUGCCCGCCUACGAGCGAAUGAUCAUCUUCCGCCUGGGCCGCAUCCAGGCACCUCAGGGGCCCGGCGUGGUCCUGCUGCUGCCCUUCAUCGACCACUGGCAGCGGGUGGAUCUGAGGACGAGGGCCUUCAACGUGCCCCCCUGCAAGGUGACCUCCAAGGAUGGGGCAAUCAUCUCCAUGGGUGCCGAUGUCCAGUUCCGGGUGUGGGACCCCGUGUUGUCCGUCAUGAUGGUGAAGGACCUCAUUGCAGCCACCCGGAUGACAGCACAGAACGCCAUGACCAAGACCCUGAUGAAGAAGAGCCUCCGUGAGAUCCAGGUGGAGAAGCUGAGGAUCGGGGAGCAGCUGCUGCUGGAGAUUAACGACAUGACCAAGUCGUGGGGCCUGGAGGUGGACCGGGUAGAGCUGAGCAUGGAGGCUGUGCUGCAGCCACCCCGGGAGAACCUGGCGGGGCCUGCAGCCACUGUGCCACCAGUGCCAGGGCUGGAGGGGCUGGAUGGCACCAUUCAGCAGCUGGCUGCCCAUUUCUUCGGCAACACCCUGGCCCUGGCCGGCGGCGGGACCGGCGCUCCAGAGGCAGCAGACAGUGUGGAGAUGGUGAACGAGGUGGAGCCUCCCACCACUCCCCUCCUUGCCCAGAGGAAGCCCAGUGCAGACGAGCUGCUCUCAGUGGUGGAGUCUGUCCUCUCUGAGGCCCUGGUCAGCCAGGUGGGAGCAUCCUACCAGGUCAACAUCGCCCUGUCCAGUGGCACCUGGAGCACCUACUUCAUAGACCUCUCCUCAGGCAGCGGGCGGAUUUGCCGCGGCGUGCCCGAGGGCGUUCCUGAUGUCACUCUGCAAGUGUCGGAGAAGGACCUUCAGGACCUCUUUCUGGGUGACCUGCGCCCCCUGAGUGCCUACAUGAGCGGGAGGCUGCAGGUGACAGGUGACCUGCACCUGGCCCUGAAGCUGGAGGAGCUCGUCAAGGCGAUGAAGCAGCGUCGAUAGAGCGUGUGCGUGGGCGCGUGUCCGUGUGCUUGUGUCUCUGUCCGUGUGCCAAGGCGUGGGGACGUUUGGGAGGACCGUGCUGUGUGGUGGGGGGCCUUGCCACGCUGGAGCUCCUGCUGCCCUUCCUGUGGAGGCUGUGGGAGUUGGGUGAACAUCUGAGCAGGGAAACUGAGGCUGAGCUCCGCUGCCCAUCCUUGUCCUUGGCUUUCCCUCUGUUCUUCAUCCUCUGCUUACAACAUUACAGGAACCAGCUGGCACCUCACCGUGCGCCAGUUUGCUUCCAGUUUCAUAGAAUCACAGACUGGUUUGGGUGGGAAGACCUUAAAGUUCCAGCCCCUGCCAUGGGCAGGGGACAUCUUCCACUAGAGCAGGUUGCCCCAAGCCCCAUCCAACCUGGCCUUGAUUUCCUGGGCCAAUGUGCCACCAGGGCACAGACUGAUGUCCUGGUGUCCCCACAACCUGGUGCAUGGCCAGGGAUCUCACUGGGAGGGGUGUGAGCUGAGCAGUUGUGUGGAGGAGAGCUUGGGGACACUGUGGCUGAGGACAGGAGCCAUGGGAUGGGGUGGGCAGCCAAAACGGGCCACGAGGGCUGGCUGGACCAGGCUGGGAUGCCACCAGCAGGCUGGAGCUGGGAUCCAGCGUGGCACCACUGAUGGGAUAACGGCACUUACGGGGAAGUGGCAGAGGUGACAAUUUGACCUGCCUUCCCCACACAGCGGUUUGUAAUUAGCGCUAAUUUGUGCUUCAAGAUCCUUUUGCGUGUGUGCUGUGAGGUGUGUCCACAGGGGGCGGGGACUGGAUAUAGGCAUAUAGAGAUAUUUAUUUAUUUUGUAAGCUUCCUUUCUAUCCACUCUCGAUGGACAAUAAACUUGGUGUGCAGCCCUGGGCA